AGAAAUAAAAUAGCAAUAAUUUAAAAUAGUGCUUAUGAAUAAAAUUUGCAUUCAUUUUACAAACAAAUUCAAGACUCGAAUACAGACCGGUUACCGACUACUCGCACACGGACACCACGUCACACCAUCCGGUCUUCCUCCAACACGGCACCGAACCAACAAAAUCUAUCCCAGAACACGAGACGGCGCAAUAAAAUCAUCCACAGAGUCACUAUAAAAGACCAUGCAACCAACCGAUCAUUACCAUAGUCUCUCAACUGCAAUCGGAGCAAGACCCACCCGGGCUGACUUGCACGCUUCAGUUUAAGAGACAGCCUAGCCCAGCUCAUCAGACGGUUUGAGAGGGAACCAAUGGUGCAAUAUUCGGAGUAUUCUGGCAUUGUAUCGACCACUUCACUCGCUACUGCGAGUAAGUACUAUUGUUUUCUUUUGUGUACUUUAAAAAUAAAUCUGAUAUCUUAGUAUUUAGUACCUUUUGCAUUGUCAUUACGAAACCGUGUUAUCGGAACACAUACAAUCCUUCGUUCGUCAUUGCGACAACCCUUCACUCCUAAAUAACCAAAAAUGAGGAAAAUGACAAUUAUUUCGAAAUUAUUGAUUGUGGCAUUGUUAUACGUUCCAUCAAGCAACAGUGCCGAUUGCUACUGGAAAGGAUGGCCAUUGUGUGGUUUCAUCUUUCCUUGCAGUGGCAAUGAUCAUCACAUGCAAUAUGGGAUCAGAGCACCAUGUUUUUUAAGUCCUGACAAAUAUUGUUGUCCAUCAGGAUCUGGAGCUGAUAUAGCUCUUUGCGAACACACCGAUUUGAAUGGAGCCUGCAUUUCUCACUCGAUCGAUAAAAAUAAAUGCGUGAAUGUGGAUAAGAACGAUUGGGCAAGUUCGGUAAACACUUUUGGAGGAUGUUUUAGACUCUAUGAACAUGCAGACUGUGAGGGAAAAUCAAUCGCUGUUCAACCCGGUUCACCAAGUCACAAUAACUUGGGAGCCCUUGGAAUGAACGACAUGGUAACAUCAGUGAGUUUAUGUUUCUCAACUGAUAAAUGUGAUCAUCGUUCAAAAAGAUCGAACAAUAAUUGUCGAUGGGCCAACGAUGAAUUUACGUUGGGUUUCCUACCAUGGUUGACCAGAGAUCGAAAUAAUCUGAAUGGUCCAAUUUCGUAUUACCAAAUCGGACCGAAUUCAAGGACUGAGGUAAUGGAAGCUCUCGUUUAUCCACAUCAUUUAGGAACUGGAACAGGAACAAACCAAGCUGCUCGUGAUUAUACUAAUAAUAUGGGAUAUCCUAAUGAUGAUGCUGGACAUAUUCUAGCAGCACGUCUAGGUGGUUCUGGUACUGAUUUGAGGAAUAUUUUCCCUCAAAGUCGUAACAUUAAUCGUGGAGCUUGGGCUCGAGACGUUGAAGGUUUGGUUGCUCUAGUGGUGCAAUCACGAGGAAGCGCUAUCUUUACAAUUAACUUAAUAUACAGAGAGACAACUGAUACUAGACCACAACUAAUAGUAUAUCGUAUUAGAUCAGGAAAUUAUGUUUGGCAGAUAGGUGACAUGGUCAAUCCAGAUUAGAUAUUAAACGAGGUGUGGCGUUUGGGAAUUGUACGACGUGUUGUGGAAUUGUGUGAAAUAAAUAAAAUGUACAUUUGAAA